AGAUGGUGAACUGAGUUUAAGUAGAUCAAUGAUCAAUAGCUCUGAUAAGAUAAUUCGAAAGGGUGGCUCCUCAAUCUUCCAGCAUGCUGUAGAAGGCUGGAAAAUCAAUUCUUCUUUGGUACUGGAAAUAAGAAAGAACAUUCUUCGAUUCUUGGAUGCUGAAAGAGAUGUCUCAGUGGUCAAAAGCAGUUUCAAGCCAGGAGAUGUAAUCCAUUAUGUCCUGGACAGACGUCGCACCCUAAACAUUUCUCAGGAUUUGCACAGCCUUCUCCCUGAAGUUUCACCAAUGAAGAAUCGCCGAUUUAAAACCUGUGCGGUUGUUGGGAAUUCUGGCAUCCUUCUGGACAGUGGAUGUGGAAAAGAGAUUGAUGGCCAUGACUUUGUAAUAAGGUGCAAUCUAGCUCCUGUGGUGGAGUUUGCUGCCGAUGUGGGAACUAGAUCUGAUUUUAUUACCAUGAACCCAUCAGUUGUACAAAGAGCAUUUGGAGGCUUUCGGAAUCAGAGUGACAGAGAAAAAUUUGUGCAUAGACUCUCCAUGCUGAAUGACAGUGUCCUUUGGAUCCCUGCUUUCAUGGUCAAAGGCGGAGAGAAGCAUGUGGAGUGGGUUAAUGCAUUAAUCCUUAAGAAUAAAUUGAAAGUGCGAACUGCCUAUCCAUCACUGAGACUUAUUCAUGCUGUCAGAGGCUAUUGGCUGACAAACAAGGUCCACAUUAAACGACCCAGCACUGGUCUCCUCAUGUAUACGCUUGCCACCAGAUUUUGUGAUGAAAUACAUCUGUAUGGAUUUUGGCCGUUCCCAAAGGAUUUACAUGGAAAACCAGUCAAGUAUCAUUAUUAUGAUGAUCUGAAGUAUCGGUACUUUUCUAAUGCCAGUCCUCAUAGGAUGCCGUUAGAGUUUAAAACGUUGUAUGUAUUACAUAACAGAGGAGCACUUAAAUUAACAACAGGGAAAUGCGUACAGCAAUAA